AUGCCAUCAUUACUGGAAGUUGCCACCACCAUACCAUUCAACUAUGAAAACGCUAAGGAGUAUACGAGGAGCGUUGAAAGACCAACCUUCUACAUCUCCAUGGCGUACGUCGUGGUCAUAUUUAGCACUAAAGCCAUUAUGACAAAUUUUAAGCCGUUCCAGCUGACUUCUGCGCUAAACUUUUGGAAUGCUUGGUUGGCAAUAUUCAGUACAAUUGGGAGUAUUUUCACAGGAUAUGGCCUAUUCUAUGAAAUCUACUACAGAGGACUUGUAUCAUCCUACACUCGUAUUGGUAAUUACUUCGAGGGCUUCAGUGGUCUACUGACAUUCCUGUUCGUGAUGAGCAAAGUACUCGAAUUUGGGGACACGAUUUUGCUGGUUUUGCGCAAGAAGCCACUCAUUUUCCUUCACUGGUACCAUCAUGUCCUGACUAUGAACUAUGCGAUUAUGUCGUACUCACACGACAUCGCCUACAACAGCUGGAUCACCUGGAUGAACUUCACGGUUCACUCGAUAAUGUAUGGAUAUUACAUGCUACGCUCAAUGGGUGUGAGAGUUCCUGCUUGGGUGGCCAAGAACAUUACGACAAUGCAGAUUCUGCAGUUCGUUAUCACUCAUUUGAUCCUCUUCCAUGUGGGAUACCUCGUCAGUCAAGGAGUGAAGGUCGACAGCACGCCUACAGUAUUCUGGUGUUGUCUUGCCAUGGAAUUCUCGUACGUGGUUCUGUUUGGAAACUUCUACUUCCAAUCCUACAUCAAAGGAGGCGGCAAAAAGUUCAUCCAGGAGAAAACCAAGAAGCAAUAA